AAUGGGGAGCGUUAACGUUAAUCGUAACGUCAGUGAUGCGUUUUAUCGUUAUAAAAUGCCCCGAAUUCAAGCCAAAGUCGAGGGUAAAGGUAAUGGCAUAAAAACCGUCGUGGUCAACAUGGUCGACGUUGCCAAAGCUAUUGGAAGACCUGCUACUUAUCCGACCAAAUACUUUGGAUGCGAACUUGGCGCGCAAACUCAAUUCGAUUUUAAAAAUGAAAGAUUCAUAGUAAACGGCUCUCAUGAUGCUACCAAACUGCAAGAUCUGUUAGACGGAUUCAUCAGAAAAUAUGUACUCUGUCCAGCUUGCGACAAUCCGGAAACCGAACUGAUGGUCAGUUCCAAAAAGGGAACCAUCUCGCAAAGAUGCAAAGCCUGCGGUCAUCACGGCUUACUCGAAAGCAAUCAUAAACUUAACACUUACAUCUUGAAAAAUCCGCCCAGUUUGAAUCCCGCGGUCCAAGGCAGCUCGCUCACUGAAGGGAAACGUGGGAAACGUUCGAAACGUACCAAUGGCGAAACCGCUGCUACUACCAAUGGUGAUCGAUCAGGAUCUCCGGAAAACGAGACCAAUUCUACGGACAUCGUGGUUGAGGUUCCGGAAAAGAUUGCUGAUAACGAACAAGACGAUGAUAAGUGGGCCGUCGAUGUAUCGGAGGAAGCGGUUAGAGCUCGUCUUCAAGAUUUGACUGAUGGGGCAAAGGGGAUGACGAUUAGCGAUGAUCUUGAUAAGACUGAAAAAGAAAGAAUGGAUAUGUUUUACAAACUAGUUAAAUGUCGUCGCGAUGCUGGACAAUUGGAUAAUCAUAAAGAAUUAAUUACAGAAGCUGAACGCUUAGAGAUCAAAACUAAAGCACCUUUAAUUCUGGCAGAAUUACUUUUCGAUCAGUCGAUCGCUUCUCAGGCCAAGAAGUACCGUGUAUUGCUACUUCGUUUUACCCAUGAUGAUAUUAAAGCGCAGAAGUAUUUGAUCAGAGGAAUCGAGCAAGUGAUAGCUCUGCACAAAGAUGCUCUGAUGCCAAAAGUUCCUGGUAUUCUGAAGCUUUUCUAUGAUGCCGAUAUAUUAGAAGAGAAAGCUUUGUUGGAAUGGUCAAGCAAAGUUAGCAAAAAAUAUGUGUCGAAAGACUUAUCCCAAGAAAUACACGAUAAAGCAGCUCCGUUUUUAACGUGGUUAAAAGAAGCUGAAGAAGAGGAAUCAGAAUCUGAUGAGGAAGACGACGAUUUAGAGAUUGAAUACGAUGAUCGUGCAAAACAGUCAUUUAAACCGCAGCAAUCACCACCUGCUUCAACGAAACCUGUUGAAAAUGAUUCUGACGAAGAGGGUGAUUUCGAUAUCGAUGCCAUUUAAAAAGGAAAAUAUGCUUUGUUGUCGGACAUGAGAGUGUGAAAAAAAAGAGUAUAUGUCUGAUAUGAAUAAUCAUUUUCUGUAGGAUACAAAGAGUCGCGAUUCAAUGCAAUGUCAGAUCCUGUAUAGAAUUUUCUUAAUUUAGGCCAAACAAACAGUUACAAUGCCAUUAUAUCUAAAGAAAUUUUAUCUAUUUUAAAGUUUAACAUUUAUCUAUAUAACAGUAAUUUCUUUUCUCUUUUUUUUUUUUUUUUUUUUAUUUAUCCUUUGAUUAUACUGAUUAUUAUGUCAUUACGUCUAAUUAUUAUUCCAUGAGAUCGGCGGGAUGCUCUUACAAUUUAAUAUAUGCAUUACUUUCAGAAUGGAAACAUUUAUAGUUUUUAAUCAUUAUUGAGAAAAAAAAAAAAAAAAGAAAAAAAAAAGAAAAAAAAGUUGGCCUGCUAAAAGCGUUCUCUAUUGUAUCGAUUUACUAUUCUGAUAAUAAUUAUUCAAAUAAAUAUCGUUUAUUGCAAUCAUCUUUCUUUAAUUGUUUCAUUUUAAUAAUCCACGUCUCCCAAGCUUAUGCACUGCAACGUCUAUAAUGUAUUAAUUAUUAUAAAUAUAAUCUUAUAAAACAAAAUAAGCUUAUUUUAAUCGAACAACUUUCACUUUUUAAAACAUAAUUAACGCUUGCAAUUGAUACUUGUAUCUAGUAUUAUUAAAUACAUCUGUUUUCAAUAAUAUCGCACUUGACAAUAUUUUCAUAUGAUUUCAAUUGGUUAAUGAAAUAACAUAAUGGCCAAUGACGACGUUACAGUUUAUCAAACUUACUAAAAAUAAUAUCGCUAGAAAUCGACGUAUCAUUUAAAUAGUUAAUUACGCUUUCACUUACUGAUUGGAGGAAUAAUAAUAAUAAUAACAAUAAUAGUCAUCGCACAAAAAUCACAUUGGAAGGAGAAUGCCGGUUAAGAAAAUAUUUCUACGUAUCAAUUUUGAUCUUUGUAUUAUGGUUUAUGUAGUGACUAAGCGCUGUGGUCGCUUAUCGUUGUUCUAGUUAUAAAUUCUUACGAUUGGCGGACAAUCGUGUUAUCCGAAAGUUCAUUCUAAAAUCUUCAAGAGACAACUUAACGUUAAUCAUUUGAUAGUGACUAAUUAACAGUGAAUUCUAAAAUAUAGUUACGUUAAUUCGUAAUGCAACUCUAUAGAACGGUGUAACUAAAUAUGUGAUCAUCAUCGUCCACGUUCGACUAUAACGAGAAACUCGCCAUCUUAGUCAAUCUUAAACCUGCGAACCGUGUCGAGUCGAAAUCUCUAUGGAACUUUUCUCUUGCGCUUUCGACCGUUUCGAUACGGUUUUCAGGUAACAAAAAAAGAAAAGAAAAGAAAGAAAAAAAAAGAAGAUACGUAGACAGUAUUAUCCUUGUGUUAAUAGCUAUUGUCUAAUAUUCACGUUGAUAUCGCGACCAGGCGAAUGGAAUUAAUUUUAUUUCUGUGUCUACGUUCGUCGUUGUGUACCACCAGUAACAAUUCUUCUUUACCGAAGAGCGAACGGAAAAAAAACUUUGGAUAAUCUAAAUCUUUAACUCGAACGUUUAACGUUCUAAAAAAAUCUCUAAGUUCAUCGAUACGUCGUUGAAAGAGAUCGAACAAAAAAAAAAAAAAAAAAAAAAAAGGAAAGAAAAAACGAUAGGAAAAGAAAAGAAAAAAAGAAAAGAAAAGAAAGAAAGAAAAAGAAAAAAGAAAACAACGAAGGGAUCGUGAUAUUCUCUACAAUAGUGGGAUGAUACAUUGAGAGUGGAGGAGGAUUCCUGCAUGGACCGUUCUCAAGA